AUGUCACUUGGGGUAACAGACGAGCUGAAAAAGCUUGAGGGGAAGCUAGAAAAGAUCAGAGAUGUCCUUGAUGAUGCCGAGAACAAGAAGCUUCAGGACAAAGCCAUCAGCCACUGGCAGACUGGGCUCAGAGAAGUGAUGUACGAUGCCGGUGACAUCAUUGAUGAGUGCAGAAUUGAGGGUUGGAAGGUUCAAUCAUCCAAGCAGCUGCAACCAUCGAAGUUGAAUACACCACUUUUAAUGAAUGGAAACAGGGGGAGGAACCUUGUUUAUGCAAUUGUAGGGAUGGGAGGAAUUGGUAAGACUAGUCUUGCACAAAAGAUUUUCAGUACUGAACAGAUCAAGGCCCACUUUGACAUCAAGAUCUGGGUGUGUGUCUCCCAGGAUUUUGUAGGGAUCCAUCUGCUGAAGCAAAUCAUCAGAUGUGUAGGUGGUUACUAUGGUGAUGCUAAAACCAAGGCCGAACUUGAUCCAUUAGUAGUGAAGGGCACUGGGCUGUGCAUAGCACGGCAUGGCACGGCUUAG